UUCGCAUGAUCCUCAUGAAGAAAAUAGAGUGGGAGACGUGGAACUCAAAGUUAAAUUAAGAUUUUUUAAAGCCAAAGUGAAAAGGAAAGUUCCCUCCAGCGUCUAAGUUACAGAACUGAUAGUCACUGUAAUCUGAGUUUAGUGUUAAUAUAUAUACUCGCGUAGGUGUCGUGCGAUUUCUUGAGCUUGCACGCCAAAACGAACCCACGCCGUCUCAAACUAACUGUCUCUCACUCAAACACAGGACCGAAAACAAACACUGCAGUCCAUUCAAGAUGACAUCUGCAGACCACGUGGAUGAUGACGACACUUUUAAGAUACUGAUUGCGUCAGACAUCCACCUGGGCUACCUGGAGAAGGACGCCAUCAGAGGAGAUGACACGUUCAACACAUUCAACGAGAUCAUGAGCUACGCUAAACUACACCAGGUUGAUUUUGUGUUGCUAGGCGGAGAUCUGUUUCAUGAGAAUAAGCCGUCUCGUAAAUCGCUACACUGUUGCAUGGAGACGCUACGCCGCUACUGCAUGGGCGAUCAGCCAAUCAGCUUCCAGAUACUCAGUGACCAGGCUGUCAACUUUGGAAACAGCAGGUUCCCUUGGGUGAAUUAUCAGGAUGAAAAUCUCAACAUCUCAAUCCCUGUCUUCAGUGUCCAUGGAAACCACGAUGACCCUACGGGGAUGCUGGACAGCGGUGCUCACUCUCGUGGCUGUAUGGAGAGGAGGCUGAACAGUCUGGACAUGACCUAG